CUCCUUAUUUUGCAAUGAUGUUUGACGUCCGUUCUAUCUCACACUUAGCGUCGUCUUCGCCGUAUCUUUAUUGCAGAUGUCCUACACUCGCUUCAUUCUUAUUUAACACACAUUACCCGGCCUGGCAAAACGAAGGCCCAUCAUGGAUCUGCCUACUGCCAUGGAUGUUUGCUCGACUUCGGCGAAAGGAAAUAACUCGUUUAGAGUCGCACCACUGUCUACCGCGACUGACGAUGCUGCUCAGUCCCCGCGAUCGCCGAACAAAGGAGACAUUCCAGGAUCGGAGGACGUACACGGGUCUCCCAGGCAAGCCAUCUGGGUGCACAGAGACCUCUCAGAAGAAAUUCCGAGCGAACAUGCCUCAAUAUUCGAGGCCGAACUCGCUUCAUGCAGUGACUUCGAUACGCCAAUACGAUUGUUCACUUCCCCUGCAUCUCAGACGACACGCCCAAAGCGACCUAAUCUGUCCCGCACUGAAGUCUUAUGCUCAGCUGCAACUCAGGUACGACAAAUAGACGCUGCCGAAAUCCCCGCCUUAUCUCCUCUCACAAGAAUACGAGCCGAGGCGGUGAUGUCACAAGAGCUUUGGACGCCAUUCGGGGCUGUGCCGAACAAACCAAGUAUGGCCACUUUGAGGACUGCGAGUGUCUCCACGUCAGGCCUCUCUAGUCUUCUGCACGAGUCCACUCUCAGGGAAACCGGGACUCGAAGCGACGUUUCACGGAAUGAAAAGACUGCCAGGAACGACGGCGACUUUGCAGCUCCGUGCCCAGUGAUGCGCCCGAUCCCUAGCGAGGCUCGACCAACAGCAGCUUUGCCUGCAUGCGUACGUGCUUAUGGUAGAGCUCUCUAUGGCCGCAAACAAACGGCGACUUGGCCUUUGGAGGCAGAUAUGGGCUUCAUGCGAC